AUGAAUAGGGAGAGCAUUUACUACCUUCCAGAGGAAAGCUCGGAAACUACGUUUUGCUACGAUGAAGACCGUCCCAGCCUGCCUUUGCCCAAGCUUGACCACACGCUGAAGCGAUAUUUGGAAUCGUUGAAACCAUUCGGGACGGUCGAAGAGCUGGAAAAUACGAAAAAAAUCAUCGAGACCUUUCGCAAGGGCGUUGGAGCAAAGCUACAGUCGAUUCUGGAAGAGAAGGCAGCGAAGGAAAAAAAUUGGGUUGAUAAAUGGUGGGAAGACUAUGCAUACUGCACCUUGCGCAUGUCGUUGAUCCCGUACUGUGUGAUGGUUCAGCCACUGCUACUGGAUGCCGUCGGACUAGAUGCAAUCCCGGAAAACUUUCUCAAAGGACCAGCCACAUGUUUACAUCACAACAUGGUAUUUUGGAAGCUGCUCCGUACCGAACGGUUGCGGCCCGUCGCCAGUGCCGACAAGAAAAACAUUUUUUCUGCUGAUUUAUACCGACGACUGUACAAUACCGUACGAACACCCGGUGUCGAAAUGGACAAGGUAGAAAGUUACUUCCGCACGGAAAAGGAAGGCCCAUGCCCAUCGCACAUCAUUAUACUGUAUGGAGGGCGCAUCUUCAAAAUUCCGGGAUUGAAUGCCCAUGGAGAUCCCUUAAGUCCGCAAGAUUUUCUUUUCACUUUGCAGCAGAUUCAGGUAAAAGUGGAGGGAACAAAUGUUGAGCAUGCGGGAGUGCCGGCACUAACGAAUGACGAUCGUACGUCUUGGGCCCACAAUCGGCAGCAUUUGAUGGAAAUUUCGAAACGCAAUAAGACUAUGGUGCGAGAAAUCGAGGAAGCGGUCGCACUACUAAUACUCGAUUCACACUGCCCGAAAAACUACUCGGAUUUGGCACAGUUGGCCUUAACGGGUGAUAUACGCUCGAAAUGGACGGAUAAAAGUUGCGGAACUAUCUCGUUCAAGAACGGCCAGAUGGGUUGCUAUGGUGAGCAUUGCUGCUAUGAUGGAUCGAUUUCGAUGUCCAUCAGUCUGUACGUGAUGAUGAGCAUUGCAGAGGAGGGCGUACCGGAUUGGGACGUUCCUGCAAACGAUUUAAUUCUACCAGAGGAGCUAGUUUUUGACAUGGACGAUAAGCUGCGCGGGGAAAUCGCUCGUAUGGAAAAAGUGGCUGAUGAAAUGCAAAACUGUGUUGUCGUUUCGAUGGAUCAGUUCCAGGACUAUGGGAAAGCUUUUAUGAAAAAGCACAAAAUCCAUCCGGAUGCGUACGUUCAAACGGCACUGCUGCUUACUUACUAUCGACUUCAUGGAACGUUUGCCCCGACGUACGAAACAGCGAUGAUGCGUCAGUGGUACAAAGGUCGUACAGAGACCUGCCGGUCGUGCAGUAUCGAGGCGGUUCGGUUCAUUGAGGCGAUGGAGAGCUCCAGCUCAAAUGACAUCGAUAAAGCGAAACUGUUCAAGGCGGCCGCAAACAGGCAGAUGGAGCUUAUGAAUGAAGCCCGCAAGGGUAACGGGAUCGAUCGGCAUUUAUUUGGGCUGUGGUGUGCUGCAUACGACAAUGGGAUACCGAUUCCGGAGCUGUACGACGAUCCACUGUACAGCAAGAGUGGAGGUGGUGGCAAUUUCAUUCUUUCCACCAGCACGCUCGGUUACACGAUCAACUGUGGUUUUGUAGCGCCGAUGUGCACGGACGGUUACGGCUGUUUCUAUACAAUGCUGGAAGAAUGCGUUUGGGCAAUAUUUUCUGCGUACCGGGACAGUACUAUUACUAGCUGCCACAAAUUUCAGCAAACGUUUCACCAGGUUAUGGUAGAUUUGAAAAAUUUGCUGGAGCGAAGUGAUCUACCAAACAAGCUUUAG